AUGAUCUCUAAUGAGUUAUCAGCCAGUGUGCCCUCGUCACCUCUAGCCUCUUCAGCGGAGCGUGUACGGAAGCAUGGCCCACGAACUGAUGCUCUUGACAAUAGACUCCAACUUUCAGAAAUCUCACGAGGUUGGGGAAUGAUUGGAAAAUUUUGGAACGCCGUCUCGAGACCGUUUACUAAAACACUGUCACAAGGAGCUGCUACUACCGUCUAUUGCGCCGCUUCUCCAGAAAUAUUGAUGUCAGCGGCAAGUACUGGGAAAUCAUGUUGGGACGAUGAGAAGAACCUGGCCGUCCAAUUGGCGCGGGAUGAACAUCUUCAAAAUGCACUCUGGGAAAAGACCGACAAGAUAUUAGACAAAUGUUCCGAAGCGAAGCGAAGCCAAUAA